AGUUCCCGCGAUAGUACACGGUAGAUUUAAGUUACGGAAUGAAAACAUUAUGAAAAGGCUAACCUGACACUUGAAUCGGAAUUGAGGUGUGCUUGAUCGUCUGUGCAGCAGUUCCUUGUUAAGGGCCAUUUCCUAUUGCCUUCUGUGGAUUUCUGCCCAGACCUCAAUGUCUCCCUUCCCUCACACUUUACCACCCUGAGUCUGGAAACGUCACAUCUCCUGAGUAGAACCAGUGAGUCUGCCCCAUUCAGUCCCUGGUUGAACAGUCCACCUGAAUCCACUCCCUCCACCCUAAGGCCAUGCUGUUCUCCCUGCAGGAGCUGGUCCAAUGGCUGGGCUUUGCCACGUUCGAGCUCUUCCUCCACCUGGGAGCUCUGCUGGUCUUCAGUGUGCUAGUAGCGCUGCGGGCUGACUUGUUUGCCCCUGGCAUGAGCUGGUGGCUGGUCUUCGCCCCUCUGUUUGCCGCUGAUGGCCUCAGCACCUACUUCACGGCUAUUGUAUCCAUCCGGCUGUACCAGGAGAAUGAGAAAAGGCUAGCAGUGCUGAGGCUGCUGUGGGUGCUGAUGGUGCUCGGCCUCAAGCUGGUGUGUGAGGUGCUGCUGUGCCAGAAGUUGGUUGAGCAGGAACAGGCACGCAACCUGUGGUUUGGUCCUAUCGUCUCACCGCUCUUCAUCCUCCUGCAGCUACUGAUGAUCCGCGCCUGCCGUGUCAACUGAUUCCAAGGGCGGUGUGAUGAGGGCAGGAGUCGUUUAUCAUCCAUAGAAGAUCCAGGUUUAUUCAUACUAGGUGACUGUUUUAAUUAACUGACUAUUGAGAAAUAGUUUUUGGACUAAUGGCUGGAGAGAUGAGGGUCACAGGCUUCCCCUCUAUUUCUAACCUUGUCUGAGGACAGUGUGACAGAAUGUGUUUUCCAUGAGCAGUCCUUUGUCAGUAUGGCUCUCCUGGACAUUGCUUCCUGUGGAUACCUUUUUUUUGUAUUUGAUCUGUUAUGGACCUCUUGCUCAAGCAUGUAUUGAUGGCCUCAUUUUAUCCUUCAUUGUAAUUUAUAUCCUGAUGUGAUGCGGGAGAGGGACAUUUGAGAAUUGAAGUAAUCGGUCUUUUGAAUUUGGUAAGACUGUCUGCAACUUUGUUUGUUUUAGCCCAUUUAUUAUGUUCUUGUUUUUAUUACCCUUGUUGUGUUUCUCUAUACAGUACCAAUCAAAGUACCUUAUCCUCUGCAGCAGAUGUAACUCUGGGUCUUCCUUUCCUUUGGCGGUCCUCAUGAGAGCGCUUGAUGGUUUUUGCGACUGCAUUGAAGAAGCUUUUCCGG